AUCGAACGGUCGAAGGUGUAACGUUUGUGCAUGCACUCUCCACUGCGCAGCGAGCUUAUUUGCCACUAAUAACGAAACGAAACGCCAAUGCGACAAAGGCCACAGUUGCUGCCACUCGCUCUUCCAUCCAUUACGAUUAUAGCUAGCAUGUAUAUGCCACACAUCCGUUGGAGCUGCAUCAGUCUCUGGCUUGCCACUUUGCCGCAGCUCUUGAAUGCUCAGCCACUCGUCGAUUUGGCACGCAAUUUCGAGACUUCACUACUCAAUACGCGCCUACCCGAUACUCAAACGUUCGAGGAGGCUUAUGAUUUUAUAAUUAUCGGUGCUGGUUCGGGUGGUUGUGUUGUUGCCAAUCGACUGAGUGAGAUCAGCAAUGCAACGGUGCUGCUACUGGAGGCAGGCGAUCAGGAAACGUUCUUGAGCGACGUCCCGCUUACCGCCGCGCUCACCCAGAUGACACGCUACAAUUGGGGUUACAAGUCUGAUCCGACACCGAAUGCUUGCCAGGGUCUUAAAGGAGGGGUUUGCAAUUGGCCAAAAGGGCGUGGUAUAGGCGGUACUAGCCUUAUAAAUUUCAUGCUAUACACACGUGGCCAUCGUAAAGACUAUGAUCAUUGGGCUGCGCUCGGCAAUCUGGGUUGGAGUUAUGAUGAGGUGUUGCCAUAUUUCAAAAAAUCUGAAAAUAUCGGUAUCACAGAAUUGCGCAAGUCACCGUACCAUGGACGCAAGGGUCCACUCGAUGUCAGUUAUACCGACUUCAAGUCGAGCAUACUAAAAGCAUUUCUGAAAUCAAGCCGCGAAAUGGGAUACGGAAUCACGGAUACAAAUGGUGAGAAGUUGAUGGGGUUUGCGCGUGCGCAGGCAAAUCUACGCAAUGGACGACGUUGCAGCACGAGUAAAGCAUUCAUACGACCUAUUGCUGGGCGGCCAAAUUUACACAUUUCUAUGAAAUCUUGGGUCACGCGUAUUCUUGUGGAUCCGGUUAGUAAAGUUGCGACUGGCGUGGAGUUUGUGAAACAACAUCAGCAUUAUGUUGUGAAGGCCAGAAAAGAGGUGAUACUCUCGGCGGGUGCAAUUGCUUCGCCACAAUUGUUGAUGUUGUCGGGUAUAGGACCGCGUGAGCAUUUGGCAGAACUAGGCAUUCCCAUAAUGCGUGACUUACAGGUGGGUUAUAACCUGCAAGAUCACGUGACGCUGAAUGGACUGGUAUUUGUCGUGAAUGACACAAAUACUUUAAAUGAUCGUCGGCUAAUAAAUCCUACCGACAUACUACACUAUAUACUGGAGGGUAGAGGACCAUACACAAUACCCGGUGGCGCAGAGGGUUUCGCAUUUGUGCGUACGCCGAACUCGACAGUUGAUAAGGACUAUGCCGAUAUGGAGAUUGUUUUGGGCGCAGGCUCGUUGAGUGGUGAUCAUAUGGGUUCUUUGCGUGACUUACUCGGCAUGCCUGAUGAAUUUUAUUAUAAAGUUUAUGAUGGUCUCCAUGAAAAGGAAACCUUUGGUCUGGUGCCAAUUCUGUUGCGUCCCAACAGUAGAGGUCGCAUAUCAUUGCGCAGCACAAAUCCUUUCCAUUGGCCACGUAUGGAGCCAAAUUAUAUGGAAGAUACCGAUGAUAUACGCGCCAUGUUGGAGGGUGUACAAAUGAUUUUUCAAAUCGCUCAAACAAAAGCUAUGCGUCGCAUCGGCACCAAAUUCAAUGCGAAACCCUUCUUGGGCUGUGAGCAUCUGACCUUUCAGAGUACGGCUUACUGGAAAUGUUGUCUGCGUCGUUAUGGUUCCAGUCUACAGCAUCAAGCAGGUACUUGUAAAAUGGGUCCUCCGACAGAUCCAACCGCAGUAGUGGAUCCACAGUUACGUGUACACGGCAUUAAACAGCUGCGUGUGGUCGAUGCCUCAAUUAUGCCCACUAUUCCGGCUGGGCAUACAAACGCUAUUGUGAUAAUGAUUGCAGAGAAAGCGGCAGAUAUGAUAAAGAAUUCUUGGCGUAUGCGAAAUUAAGACGCAACUGUAGAUAUUGUAUAGUAGUGUAAAGAUUUAAUUUAUUAUAUGUAUUAAGUAUGAUAUAAUAUUAAAGGUAUAUCAAGUCAUUAGUUUUAGAAAUUAUUUACUUAAAUGUAUUCGUAAAAAAUUCUCGCCACCAAUGUGAUCAAUGAAACUAUUAACUGCCAUUAGUGCUACUAUUGCAAGAAAAAGAUUUUAUAAAGC